GGGACGCGCAUGCGCGAGUGUCGCUCUAGCCCCAUGCUUGUCCUGUUAGACUGAGCUGUCUCUGGUCUGUAGCAAGGGAGCUUUGAUCUGCGGCCGCCGCUAUGGGCAAGCCAACUUCCAGCAGCCGGGGCGACCCUGAGACCGAGAGCCAGAGCGACAGGAAAUCUAAGGCCCGGAGCGACAAGGAGUCCAGAGCCCACACCGACGCGGUGUUGAAUUUCGAGCGAUGGAAGAAGAAACACCUCCGCAAACAGAGAAAGAUGAAGGAGCUGAGGAAGCAGCUCAAGAGGCCCGAGUGGCAGGUGGAGCGGGAGACCAUCGGCCGCCUGACCACGGAGUACGAGAAGAUAAAUGUAAAUGAAAUUAUGCGAUUUUCAGAUUUCCCCUUGUCCAGGAGAACAUUGAAAGGCUUGCAGGAAGCACAGUAUCGGAUGGUGACUGAGAUACAGAGGCAGACCAUUGGCCUUGCUUUGCAGGGUAAAGAUGUGCUUGGAGCUGCAAAGACAGGAUCAGGCAAAACUUUGGCUUUUCUUAUCCCUGUUCUGGAGACAUUAUAUCGUCUACAGUGGACAUCAACAGAUGGCCUUGGUGUUUUGAUAAUAUCACCUACCAGAGAGUUGGCAUAUCAGACCUUUGAGGUACUACGAAAAGUGGGCAAGAACCAUGACUUUUCAGCUGGUCUCAUCAUUGGUGGAAAGGAUCUGAAACAUGAAUCUGAGAGGAUCAACCAAAUAAAUAUACUUAUUUGCACACCGGGGCGGCUGCUUCAACACAUGGAUGAAACAACAUAUUUUCAUGCAACCAAUCUCCAAAUGUUGGUACUUGAUGAAGCUGACAGAAUCCUGGACAUGGGCUUUGCUGACACAAUGAAUGCUAUUAUAGAAAACCUUCCCAAAAAACGUCAGACUUUGCUUUUCUCAGCGACACAGACUAAGUCUGUGAAGGACCUUGCACGUCUGAGCUUGAAGGACCCUGAAUAUGUUUGGGUCCACGAAAAGGCAAAAUAUAGUACUCCAGCCACUUUGGACCAGAAUUAUGUCGUUUGUGAGCUGCACCAAAAAAUCAGUGUGCUUUAUUCCUUCCUGAGGAGCCAUCUGAAAAAGAAGAGUAUCGUGUUUUUUGCCAGUUGUAAAGAGGUUCAGUAUCUGUUUCGAGUCUUCUGCAGGCUACGACCAGGUAUUUCCAUCCUUGCUCUCCAUGGCAAACAGCAGCAGAUGAGAAGAAUGGAAGUCUAUAGUGAGUUUGUCCGCAAGAAAUCUGCAGUGCUCUUUGCUACCGACAUUGCAGCAAGGGGCCUAGAUUUUCCAGCUGUGAAUUGGGUCCUUCAAUUUGAUUGUCCAGAGGAUGCGAACACCUAUAUCCACAGAGCAGGCAGAACAGCCAGGUAUAAGGAAGGUGGUGAGUCAUUGCUGAUUUUGCUCCCUUCUGAAGAAAGAGGGAUGGUUCGUCAGCUUUACCAGAGGAAAGUCCCUGUGAAGGCAAUCAAAGUUAAUCCAGAAAAGCUUAUAGAUAUCCAGAAGAAGCUGGAAGCAUUUUUAGCCCAAGAUCAAGACCUAAAAGAAAGGGCUCAAAGGUGUUUUGUGUCCUACCUGCGUUCAGUAUAUCUAAUGAAGAAUAAAGAAGUGUUUGAUGUGAACAAGCUGCUGUUACCUGAAUACGCCCUUUCCCUUGGCCUUGCUGUGGCACCACGGGUGAGAUUUCUUCAGAGAACACAGAGACAGAAAGAAUCGGGGAUAAGCAAAAUAGAUGAUGAAAGAAGAGAUAGAAAGGGACCUGGUGCUUCUACUCUCACCAAUGAUGAAGUGGAGGAAUUUAGAGCAUAUUUCAACGAGAAAAUGUCCAUCCUCCAGAAAGGAGAGGGGAGACCUGGAGAGAAAGACAAAGAGGAACUAGCAAGUAUUGUUGGUAAAGAAGAGAAUGGAGGUGAAGAGAAAGAAGAGAAAGAUGAAGAUAGAGGGGAGAAAGUAGAAAAAGUCAAAACGUUUGAAAUACAAGCUCUUCCAGGUACUAAUGAGACUUCAAAAGACAAAGAGAUUUCUGUACAGAGUUUAGAUGGAGAUGAAGAGGAUGAAGAAGGUCUUGAUGUUGACUUCUUUAGAGUGAAACGACAUAACGUAUUUGGAUUAGACCUUAAAGAAUCCACAGUACAGAAGAAACCACCUAAUUCUAGCAUCAAGAAAAAAGCAACUAAAGUGACAGAAGCAAAAAAAGUGAUGAAGAGGAAAUUUAAAGUGAAUACAAAAGUUACCUUUAGUGAAGAUGGGGAGUUAGUUCAGCAGUGGCCACCUAUACAGAAAUCCAGCGUGAACAGAAUUGAGGAAGAGGAUGAAGGUGCUGGCAUCAACUUGGAGAAGGCAAAGGAAAGACUGCAAGAAGAGGAUAAAUUUGACAAAGAAGAAUACAGAAAGAAAAUUAAAGCAAAGCAUAGGGAAAAAAGGCUGAAAGAGAAGGAAUCCAGAAGAGAAGCAAGAAAGAAACAAGCAAAGGCUCAAGAUGAAGAGGAGGAAGCCUUUCUGGAUUGGAGUGAUGACAAUAGUGAAUUUGAUCCAAGUACACUGCCAGAUCCUGAUAAGCCCAGAAGCCAUGAAGAAACAUCUGAUGAUGAUAUGGAAGAUGAAGAGAGUGAAAUGAGGAAGAUGGGAGGAAUGAGGAAAAGGAACUACAGAAAUGCUGAUAAAGAAGAGAUGCUUUCAAGUCAUGAGCCAAAAAAGGCCAAGUGGGAAACUGUGGAACCACUGGAUACAGGCCUUUCUUUGGCAGAGGAUGAAGAGCUAGUGCUGCAUCUGCUCAAAAGUCAAAGUUAAUUCUUUCCUUUCUAAUAACCAUGAUGCCAUGGGCAUUCAGUGGCAUAAGGGUUCCAUACACGGACACAUUCCAUGCUCAAAAGCCCCUGUCUCCAGAUAGUAGCCAAAAUAUGUAACUCUAGGUGAAGAUCUCUUUUCCCUCAUCAAAAUAUUUGAUGAUCUUUGAAGUCUUUGAAUCAGCAUGAGAGUUCUGUGAGUUACAUGUCUUAUAGGUGGGGAGGUUUUCUUUUCCACAUUUUCUCUAGAGUUGUGAAACUCUUUGUUGAAACUUGAUCAUAAGUCUCAGUCUUGCUGAAGAUGUAGACAUUUCUAAGUACUGUUAGACAAAGUUAUAGUCAAUUUUGAUAGGCUUAAUAUUACCAAAGAUAUAGCAUUGUAAUGAACCAACCCUAAGAGAAUGUGGUGUAUGUUUUUCCCCCUAGAUAAUGGUAAGCAAUAAAGUUAAUUCUUACUAAAUAAAGUACAAUUGUGUUU